AAGUCUUAUCAAGCCGACAGCGGCUUUUGUGCGUAUGAUGCACCGUACUCGACGCACCUGUGAGGGACGGUAAACCCAGCCCGGUACCGUCUAGUGCUCACCGCUCCGCACCAGCACCGACAGCAGCAGAAACACGGCUUCUUUUAGUGGAAUCCUGGAUUUUAAAAACUACGUGUCUCUGGGGAGUUUACAGCUUGAUUUACCCUUUGGAUACUAUUGGUAGUCUGUUUAACUAAGUGAUGGAACUGAGGAGGCCAGCAGAUCCCUUGACAGCUUCAUUUCCUAGUGGACAACAUGAAGGAGGAAAUUCCACUUGCCCUGAUAGCUAGAGGAGUCCAGCCCAUCGGACCUUGCACCAUGAGUCUUGAUAGCAUCUGUUCUGAAGUGUAAAAAAACAGACAGUUAAAACAUCACCUUGUCCUCCUCUCUCCCUCUGUUGCUCCUCUCUUUAACCCUCAGGAGAAAAAACGACCACUGCCCUGCAGUUACUGGACAAUUAACCAAUGUGAUUGGCCUUAAGACUGUUAACCACAACGACUGUUCUCCUGCAACUGCCCAUGUCCCUUUAAAAACAUAUUUUUAUAAGAAGUAUUUAUUUGAAUAUAUCUCUGCACAUAUUGUGGAUAAAACUGUGGAUCCUAGAUAUCUAAUAUAAACAUCUGAAAAUUUGAACCAGAAUUCCACUCAAGACAUCUUGUUGGAUUAAUAUACAUUUUGCAGCUAUGGAUCUUGUAAGUUUUUCUGUCAGGCUGCAGGUGUUCCUCAGCACAUGUAUGGGACUGGAAUUUUUAGGCACACCAGGUCAGUGGGCACGCUACCUCCGCUGGGAUGCCAGCACCCGUGGUGAUCUCAGCUUGCAGCUCAAGACAGAGGCCCCAGAGGCGCUGCUGCUGUACUUUGAUGAUGGUGGUUACUGUGACUUUCUGCAGCUGUCAGUGGUGGAAGGCCGACUACAGCUGCGUUUCAGCAUUGACUGUGCUGAGACCACAAUUGUGUCUGAAAGACGGGUGGAUGAUGGCAGCUGGCACUUUGCCACGCUGAGCAGGUAUAACCUGCGCACAGUGCUGGCACUGGACGGCCAGGCCAAAGCAGAUGAAGUACAGCCUCAGCGUCAAUUCAUGAAAAUAGUCAGCGAUCUGUUUGUGGGUGGAGUGCCUCAGGACAUCCGCAACGGUGCACUCACGCUUCCCACAGUGCGAAACAUGCAGCCCUUCAGGGGCACAAUUACAGACCUCAAAUACGGCAACUCACAACCCCUGUUCCUGGGAAGCCUUAAGGUGCCCUUGGAGUCAGAAGGGUGGUGCACCGUGAACCCGUGUGAGAAUGGUGGUACGUGCUCAGUGGUGGACGGAGAGCCGGUCUGUGACUGCUCGAAAACAGAAUACAAGGGCCGCUUCUGCAAUGAAGGCCUUGCACAUAUGAUGGCAGAACAAGAGCUCCGUGUGUGUCAAAAAGCAGCUCCACCUGCGGUGAAACAGAGAAGAGAAGAGAAACUAAGCGCGACCAUAACUGACAGCAAAACACAGUAG